AUGGUGGAGGCUUCAAAUGAACGUAAAGCAGUCCAAUCAGCCGCCUCGACAGACCAAGCCCUUUUGCAAUCAGUUACUCAGGCCUACGGUUGUUUAAAGAGGAGUUCCACAAAGUCACUGCCCCUUAUCUCCUACACAAGUCAAACCGACAGGCCGGAACCUGCGCAUUCAUCUCUCCCAAGACGUGUUUACAUCUCAUCUCAUCGUUUCCCAGGUCCAAAAUCUGUUUUCAUAACUCCACUUAAUACAUUCCUUGAGCCCCCGGGCGUCAGCAAGAACAAGGAUUACUGUUUCUACGGCGGCCAGCUUAUAGGCCCUCAUAGUUCCGAGAACUAUAUCUCUGCUCAUAUCAGCGUCAGUACUCAGUAUUCUCGCCCCCACGAAUACGAGGACAUUUUGCAAACAUCGGCCUUGCAAACUUCCCCUUUCCUUUACCAACGAACUCAUCAGGCACAAAGUCCAGUUCCCACAAAGACAGAACCAGAAAGAGACAUCCAGUCAAACGUAGGGGAUAGUUCUCAGAAGGUGCAACCCGAAGCUAAAGCGGAGCAACAGGAGGAGGAGGAGGAAAGCAAGAUAGGUGACUUGGACGUCAGCGAAUCCAGCGGUUUAACAAGUGUGCUUCCCCGCUCCUUACCGUCGUCGGCCAGAACCCUCUCCAUUGCCUGCAGCCAAAAGGAGGUUGAGUCUAUUCAGAUGAAGCGAAUCGACUCUCAUAGAGGGAGUGUGGAAGUUGGCACUAACAGUGGUCGUAGAGAGAGUAGACGGGACAGUGAAAAGACACUGGUUGCUGAUGGAGAAGGGCGUGUUCACAACAGCCCAACGAUGUACCAAACCACAAAGUUUCCGGCCCAGUACGCAAUCGACUAUCUUCAAGAAAGUCCAUCAGCUCGGGAUGGGGGAAUUCGAGAGUUGAAGGAUGGUCGGCCCAACAAUGGGCAGGCUCCAGUUAAGGCUGAAAAGGAGGGACCCCCAAGCCGAUGGCGUAAGGAUGCCGCGGAGACUAUCAGCAAGAGGGCUAUUUCAGUUGAUGAGCUGCGUCGACGUUUCGAGGAAUCCUGCACGGUAAUUCUUCCGAAGGGCAGCAAACUGUCAACCCUAAAGCAGGCGUCCACAUUGCCAUUAGCCAGAAAGCUACCUAGUCGCUUUUCGCCGGCCUCACAGGAGGAUCGCGCCAGGUCCUCCACCUUCCAGCUGAAACGUAGCCAGUCAGCGAGUGCCUUACUAAACGGUGGAUGUGGGGCUGGAAGGCGUAAUUGCAACGAUGAGCAAGAGGACGACCAAUACAGGCCGCGGACCACGGCCAGAGCUGAUACAGUCAGACCAUUUGAAAGUGGACACCUACGCUCGCCCCAGUUUUCUCGACGCGUUGCAGGCACCCAGACGGAGGGUAACCCACAGCCUGGUAACAUACGUCCGAGCCGUCUUUGUAGACGUUCUGAUGACGACUGGGAGGGGGAGAGGGUCGGUAGGCGGUGUAAUCCGUCUCCCACCAAGCGAAGACUGCCUGGCGAAAACGGUCGAUAUCUAAGUCCUCGCAGCAUUAACCGAGCUGCGAACGACACCUUUUGGCCUGAUGGAGUCUACAUCAAGGCAGGCGAUGUAUACAAACGUGUGGAAACUAACACGUUUGCAAACGGCACCUCUGUGCGUUAUUUUCUGCCGCGAUCGGGACCCGAACCGGUUACUGAGGCCCUUACUGAUUUGGAUUGCGAACCACGAACAAAUUUCAGGACGGCUGUUAGACGACGUGAGUUCAGUCGAGACAACCUAGAAGCUGAGGCCAGACCCUAUCGUACCGCGGCUCUAUCCCGAUCGAGCAGUUCUCUCAGCCUGCCGCGAAGUCCGAGUGGGCAUAGGCAGGAACAGGUGAAAGUGGAUUUGGGGGGCUUUCCCAAAGCUGAUCCACAAAGCUUUCAAAAACGGCAAAAUUUGACUGUUGACUGUUCUGACCAUUACGACAGUCGAAGACGAGUUGGGCAGAUAUCACCCUCUCUACAGAGACAAAAUGUCUCUCACAGAGGCAGUUUACCCUGUGUCUCCGGCUCCAGAGGGACUGCGCGGUACUGGAGAGGACGUCCCAGUCCUACAUUAAACUAUUCUUACCUGGAACAUAUGGAGCCCUCCACAAUGCCAUAUCGAUCCAAUACUCUAUCCAGUUGGAGUGAUUUACGCACAGCCAGGGACUCCCACUUUUACUCCAGUUUACCCAUGAGAAAGUCCACCUCACAGCAGCACCUCUCACCUCGCUUUAGCCGGUCCGUCGCCGGCAAACACCGUUUUCCAAGAGCUGGAGACACGGACUGGAAAACAAGAGCCAGUGAGAUUCGCGCCGAUCGCCAGAUGAUUCACGAGUUGCGCGGCAGUUGGUCUCCGUCCCCCAGUCCUCCGCGUUACUUACCCAACGAUUUGGAGGAACAAACAGAACUGGAAAUUCGCGACCAGGUGAUGCACGGCGCCCCUGUGCAUGCUCUCAAGUGGAAACAACCGUGGGUUAGCGUGAGCAAUGCCAAGAUUUCAGCAAACCUUCCAUCACGUGCUCUGUCACCGCCGCCGCCGUUGCGCGCACAAGCAUCCUUCAGUCCCCGACACCGCGACCAGUUUAGGCGAGGUGUGCCUACUGGAUGUGUGGACCAGGCUUCCAUUUCGCAGGAAUUUGGUUCAAACAUUGCCUUUUUUGAACAAAUGGCUAGGGAGAAUAUGAACGAGCCGCACUGUUCUUUCGGUCCAGACUGUUACCACUGCUCAUUUCGCGACCGACUGGGGGCUCUCAGAUCGGCCUCCCCGUCUCCUAGCAGGACCCGCGCACGUCCUUACUUUGGCAGCCUAAGAAGACAGAACCUGAGCUACCUUCAACCCCGCCGUGAGUUUAGGGAUAGAGCAAGGCCCCGAGUUGAGGUUAUCAACUCACCCGGAAAACUGUAUUCCCAGGUGGAAUGCGUCAGCCCAAAGCCCAGGACAGUGAACAGUUUUUCACAGACCAACCCUGUCAGGCGUUCUGCACGUCGUUUAGGUGACGUCUACGACACCUCGUAGUGCCGAGCAUGUGUGAGAAAGAUGCUAUUUAUGAAACUAAUUAUUGUAACCAUCUGCAAAGGGAAGCCGCCAUGGUGCAUGAACGGCCAUGAGCCCCUUUUUACUGUUGGAGUUUGCUUAUUUAAACAGACUCGGAUUACAUACAUAUUUUUUUCAAAUUUUAUUGUGCUAUUUCAUUUCCAAUAGGAUUUUCAGAAUUCAGAGUUGUUGUUUCCUCCUGCAACCGCUGCCUUUCCAAUACACAUGUUGAGGAAUACUGAUCGACGGAACCAACUGUUUACUCACAUAACCAUACAACCAGUCACUGCUGUCCUUAUCCCAUUUCAAACUCACGGUGCUUCAAUUAAUCGCCGAAACUCACAAUUAUGAUAACAUGCACAUUAACAUUUUCAUUUGCAUACGGAUAGGGAAUCAAGUUUUAAACCGUACUUUUGCCCACUCUAUUUGUGUCAACUUGAUCGUGAUAUAUUAAAAUCGAUAGGAAGUUCUUCUUCAAAUCAGACAGAAGUGCGUGUCUUUGCCAUCGAAGUUGCCGAUUACUGAACACACAGAAAUUUGCCAGUAGCCACAAUUUUUCCGUUUCAUGAUAACUUUAAAAUCAAAAACUCAGCGAAGCAGCGACAGUAUUUAACAUGGUUCGUCACCUUCUAAUCCAACACUGGCACCGGGCUUAUAAAAUGCUUACUAUAGGACUCUCAAAUGCACGUCUCAUUUUCUAUCUAUAAUAAAAUUAUCUCGACUCUGAAAUUCAUAAUUGGGUUUAGAAAUUGGGAAAUCUCCAGUCACUUGAGAAUAACACUCACCGUCUGACCAGAUUGAUGGACUAAUUGAAGACUGUCCGGAUGCUUUCUGAGUUUCGUUCUCAAGCGGAUGGUUGUAAUUCAUCGGUCUUCGCUAUCGCACCCGGUGUGAUGCGCAAACUCAUUUUAAAGCUGAACGAGAACUAACGGUCACGGAGUUCAUAUUUCGGGCGACGGGCAUGAGGUCUAGGUAAAACUGGCUGGUAACGGCCAAAAGGUUGCACCCAACCCCUCAUUUGUGUAUUAAUCAUCUUUAGGUGUUCUGAGCCCCCCUCUCGUGCCCUCUUUCCCCGGAAUCUGACGAGGUACCAGCACGAACAUUGUUUUGUUGACGCAAUUGAGGGCCUACAGAUGCUACCAGCUAUGGCAACUUCCCGUCUAGCCAAUACUCUUGCAUAUCUUACAUGUCUUUCUUGAUUGCCGUACACUGUAACCUAGUUUGGUGAUUGCCGAUAGAUAGUUCAACUGUAACCGGUUCUUCCAGAGCUCAAUAACAGGGAUCCGAGGUUGGCGGCGUCUCUGAACAAUAUGACUGAUUAUUAUCAAUGCAACUCCCACCGCUCUAUCAGUAUUGACGUGCCCUGUCUACAACUGAGAGACUUCUUUACUUACAAACUGGACAUUCCGCCUAAAAUUGUUCCGCAGAAAGCCCAUACCCACAAAAUAUUACGCCUCACUGAGGGCUGCCUGAUUCGGGGUAAAGUAGGAAAAACGGACAUGGUCCUGAUAAAGGCGAACAGGCGAGUCCCAGGAAACGGUUCAGAAGAAGAAGAUGGGAUCACUGGAACAAGAAAUUCAUUGGCCUGACGUUUCGGAUUCUCACUCGAAUCCAUCUUCAGAGACAGUCGCAGAUAAGGGUAAUGGUGGCACAAGGAGUGCAACACGUGACUGCCGUGGGACCAUAUGUGUCCUGUAAUUAACAGCUUUUGCAAUCAUCACUGGGGUCGUAAUUGAUGCGAUGAUGGCUUGUCAGUCCGCGUUCGAGUCGUUAAUCGCCGCGAUUUCGUCAUCCGUGUUGGAUGCUGGUGUGACGAUUGCUCGGUAAACUGGCUCAUUGUCACUGGGCUUAAUUCGGGAUAAGGUAUGAACGACGGACUGGGUCCUCUCAACCUACUCCUCCCUGUGGUAACUUCUGCUACGCCGACUUGACUUUCUGCAUAAGUUGCUUUGCAAUUGGUCUCGUUGAAGAUCUUGGUGCGGUUCAGUCCUGUAGCCCCACCUGACGGAGGUCCUAUAGUCAGCCUACUGAGUCAUUCUUGAGUAGGCGUGACUACGUUAAAAUUGCGCAUUUCACGGAAGGACUUGUGUCGCAAAGUCUGAUCCUUUGCCCUCAGUCGUGGCAAUCAGUGUUAAAACGGGUGGAUGAAGCCCUAUUGCCUUCACUUCUUGAUCCAGUGAAGCAUUUUUUCCCACUAACGUAGGCCAUCGACUGGGUUUUAUAGUUUCACUCAGUGUAGAGCAAAGAAAAAUACCCGCUCGGAUAAAUGCAACACGGGAGACCUGUUUUAACUGCAGUCGUCAGUGAUCCGUCUUACGAGACUACAUCCGUUGCUCGUCAGGUGCGAGGCUGAACUCCACUUCUCCCAACCCACUAGUCCAAGAAAAUCAAGCCGGGGCUCUCGUCGGCUUUCAUCCACGCAUAAGGUAUUACGGCGGUCACGAUAGUCACGCUUUAAAAUCUGUCACUUAAAUUGUCACAAUCUGGCUAGUAUUUCAUCGGGUCCAGGAUUCAGUCCAUAAUUUGGCCCUUCAUCGCCUUAUCAGUGACGAAAUUAUCAGGUGUGUAAAUUAUACUUUUUAUAUCACCACAACUUCCCCAACCAAUCAAUUUCUGCUAACAACACUAACUCCCUAAGUGCUAUUGUCGUAGUUUACCGCAGAAAUAGAGCGACAGUCUUGUAGUUCAAGCUUCGACCUUAUAGAUCUCCCAUCAGCGUAACGAGGUCGACUGUAGUUUCAAGAUCUAAUUUAAGAACCCAGCGCUGGGGUGGACGCAAAUUAGUGGGUUGGUGAUUUCUCCGCAUUAGAGGUUAUGCAUGAUUGUUACUGAUUGCAGCUGUUAGUCAUGGCUGACGUUUCUGUUAUGACACGGCCUGGUACUUGAAAGCACGUGGGAGCGUAUGCGUAUCCAACUCUUGUCUCCAAUACUAACGCGGCAGAGAAGGAGAAGCGACCGGCCACGAAAAUGUGUAUUAGGAAAUUGUAAGUCAAGAUUAACAGGAAGUAACGCAUAUUCAUAACGCCAUACUGUGGUUCGCCGGCAUUUGGCCCAAUGCCCUUCGGGAAGAGCAUUCCGGACGAGCUGGUCGAUAAUUCGAAUACGCGGAUCGAUCAGUCCCGAGGGGAAAAGCCAAUAGAGAGGCGCCACGAUUAAGAUGACAGCGCUCUAGGGAAAACGCACGUGGCCUCCAGUGAUUGGCUACUCUUGUUGUUGGGAGUGUAGGCACCCCAACAGUUUCAAACUCAUGUUACAGUUUCCGUACACUUUUGGCCAGACACAUGACCUCAAGCAACCGCACUCUGCUUCAGGUUAUUGCACUUCAGCCCCUUUUUACCCAUUCAGUGGUUUUUUGGGCAUGGAAGCGUCCCCUUUGGCUUUAUUAACUAUCAAUAAUUCCAGUCACAGUGUGCAGACCGCAGUUGUCCGAUGCCCACAACCACUUUGAGGCCGUGGCCCUCCAGGCAAAUUUCGCUUGGAGAGGCUUAGUGGGGUACUGGUUUCCUCCGGCUCAGGUAAUCGAAGUUAAUCAUUUCUAUCUCCCCUUUGGCAUACCAGUCUGAGACCGUACCUGGCAGCGAGGAACGUCUUGCUGGAGGGUGGUCAACGUGGACACCGUGGGCACAGGUCUGUGUCCAUCCACGCCCAAAUGUACUACCGCUGUGUGGUUCGUAAUGGUCUGUUUCUCCGACCUGAGAACCUGCUUGUUUCGCAGCUAAUCUUCGCUUAGGGCGGUUUCAGUAUCCGCCACGUAUGGACGCACCGGACAGACUCAACUAAACUGACAGGCGAGCCCACUUCUCCUGUAGUUCCUGUCUCGCAAUCGCAGAAGGCAGAUGGUAACACAUGACCACCAGGAAUGCCCAAACUGCCACCUGGCAGGGGGUGCGUAUUUGGUUGGCCUUAGAGACUUUUCGCCAAAUAUACUUCGAUAAUUCAUUGCAUGUCUUCAUUUUCAGUGAUAAAUCAUCCUAAAUCCCAAAAUAUACUUAUCAGACCCUUUCACGAAUGCUUGUUUUAGACGCAGACGGGAUAUCUAGCCCUCUCAGUUACUGCGAUUAGAUCUAUCAUCAGCUGGAUUCCAGGAUCGAAUAGUCGACAGGUAUAUGGUGAAGGGAGGAGGAGGUGGGGUCAAAACUGGGAAAUCCAUCCCCACGAUACAUCAGCUUAUUCCUUAUUUUAAUAAAUCUGACUCGCUUAAAGUCGUGCCAUGGAAGGGUAUUAAAUGAUAGGAUAACUCUGUUUUCUCAGUCCUUCCUUAGUGCGCAUGUGUGUGUGUCGGCUCAGCAGUCACCCAGAGCAAGGACUACUCCCCAAGAGGCAAAGGAGCUUUCGGCGUCAGCGUGAAACCGCAGACAUGAUCUUCGCCGUUCGUCGGUUACGGGAGAAGCGUCGGGAGAUGCGAACCUACGUCUAAACUAUCCUCGCGAACCUGACGAAAUCAUUCGACACGGCGAAUCGCAAUACACCGUGGAGAGUCAUUUUGAAAUUCGGCCGUACCGCAACAUCCGGGCAAUCCACUAGGCUUACCUGACUUUACACGUGAUGAUGGGUUCGAGUGGGAAUCCGAGGGCAGUGCACCUCGCCUCAGCGCCGAUGGCAGCGCCCUCCUGACCGGGAAGACGCAAAUUCUACAGCGAUGGGCCGAGCACUUCCGAGGCCUCCUCAACCGUCCCUCCAUCAUCUCCGACGCCGUCAUCGCUCGAUUGUCGCAAGUGGAGACCAACGUGGACCUCGAUCUCCCGCCAUCUCUCCAGGAAACGAUCAGGGCCGUGCAGCAGCUCUCCAGCGGGAAUGCACCCGGAUCGGACGCAAUCCCUGCUGAGGUCUCGAGCACGGAUGUCUCCAACUAA